GGGCGGGGGAGAGGUGGUAGGUAUAUAAGGAUCCGUUCUCCCCUUCUUUGUCAGUUGCUGUUGGUUUGUUUCAAUCAGAACCAUGUCUGGACGCGGCAAAGGCGGCAAGGGUCUGGGUAAGGGAGGCGCUAAGCGCCACCGCAAGGUUCUGCGCGACAACAUCCAGGGCAUCACCAAGCCCGCCAUCCGCCGCCUGGCCCGGCGUGGCGGUGUGAAGCGCAUCUCCGGCCUCAUCUACGAAGAGACCCGCGGGGUGCUGAAAGUGUUCCUGGAGAACGUGAUCCGGGACGCCGUCACCUACACCGAGCACGCCAAGCGCAAGACUGUAACCGCCAUGGACGUAGUCUAUGCGCUUAAGCGCCAGGGACGCACUCUCUACGGCUUCGGCGGUUAAGCUUUCCGAUUUCGCCAUCAGGAGUUAGCAUUUCUCAACCAAAGGCCCUUUUCAGGGCCACCCAACUACUCAUAAAAGAAAGCUGUAACCAUUAGCCAAGGCACAGGAGUCUGCAGCCCAAUGGUGUGGUUAAAAUGAAAACAACUGAGGCAUCCCUG